AACUAUAUUACCGAUGUCUAAGUCUACAAUUUGGUGAGCGGGACCCCAUAUCACGCCAUCACUGUCAGCCGUCUCGGUUAUUGAGCAGGGCCUUCCGGGUUUCCAUAGUAUAGCUCCUGAAACGAAACCAUGAGCUCGGUAUCGUAUCCAGCCUCUUCCUCGCGGAAAGCCGAUGCUACCAGGCAUGUCGGUACACGCGAGGAGCGUAAAGGUCUUCUCUCUGACCCCGACGACACACUGGCCGACAAGCAGUGGUCCCUACACAGUCCUGAUGCAGACCCAUCCAAAACGGAUUCGAUUUCAAGGCCCUGGUCGCGGAAGCGGAUCCUCUGCGCUGCUAUCAGUCUCAUUGUCCUACUCGCUACAGGGGCAUUUGCCCGCUCAUUCCUCCUCUCUCCGCCUCAAGGAUCGCCAAGAAUCCCUGCGCAUCCUAAUUUGGCCUUCCACGGAGACGAGCUACGGUCUAAUGGCACACACGAUUUCAGGAGGACGGUUCUGAUUGUUUCUAUUGACGGGCUAAGAGCGGAUUAUCUGGACCGUGGGCUUACACCACAUUUAUUGGAUAUCAGCAAGCAGGGCUUGCGUGCCAAAUCUCUCAUUCCUAUCUUCCCUGUGAGUCACUUGCUCCUGCCGCACCGCCCGCCUCAUGUGCCCUUGGUGCAGACAUUAACGUUCCCUAAUCACUGGGCCUUGAUGACGGGCCUUUAUGCGGAGUCGAACGGAAUCGUUGGAAACAACUUUUGGGACCCGAUUACGGAAACCGAAUUCCACUACAAUAGAAUCUCUUCGGCCUGGGUGUCUCGAUGGUGGCUAGGGGAGCCAAUGUGGGAAACGGCCGGAAAGUCGAACAUCAUCACCGCUAAUCUCAUGUGGCCAGGCCCGCCUAAAACGACAUCAGGGGCAACCUCUACGUACUUUGUUCCAUGGAAGGAUCAUGUGCCCUUGCAAGAGAAGCUAGACCAGCUCGUGCGCUGGAUUGACUUGCCUCUAGAGGAGCGUCCCCAACUUCUCAUGGCUUAUGAGCCUUCCUUGGAUCAAGCAGGCCAUAAAGCGGGACCCAUGUCCAAGCUGGUGAAUAUAACCCUUGAGCAAGUGGACUUGUUUGCGAAGAAUCUACACACAGCGCUGGAGGAGAGGAACCUCACAGACAUCGUCGAUGUGGUGUUUGUUUCUGACCAUGGGAUGACUGAUACGAGCCACCCCGAGCUGAUCUACAUGGACGACAUCAUUGGCAAGGAGGCUUACGCCGCCAUCGAACACGAGGACGGCUGGCCAGCGAUGGGUCUCUGGUUUAACGAGAAAGUCAAUGCUACCCACAACCUGCUCCUACUUGAAGCGGCUGCUGCCAAGAGCAACGGGAAGUUUGAGGUGUUCACACGUGAUACGAUGUCCGAACGAUGGCAUUUUUCGCACAACGAACGUAUUGCGCCAAUAUACGUGGUUCCAAAGAUCGGAUAUGUGCUCACGAACCAUGGCGAAGAAAAUGCCGCGAUGAGCAAGGGAAGUCAUGGAUAUGACAACCACGCCAAAGAAAUGCAGGCCAUGUUUGUUGCACACGGGCCCUUCUCGUCGGUCGUAAAGAUUCUCCACCAGCGGAGGGAGACCACUCUGUCACGCCGGCUUUUGUCAAACCCGAAUGUCGGCUGGCACUCGACUGCAGACGAUGUUUAUGUCAUGGACCCUUUUGAGAACGUGCAGAUCUACAGUCUUGUGAUGCGUCUCUUGGGUGUCGAAGCUGUGGCUCCCACGAACGGCUCGUCGACUUUCUGGGACAAGUACUUUUCGUGAAUUGGAUCUGUUGCAUCUGAAACUCAAUACAAAUUUGAUCAACGAUGUAUGUAUGUAACCGACAAGACACAGCACCCGUUGUUCCUCGCACAGUCCCCGGCUGAGGGCACCUCUUCCGAACUUUGC